ACGUUGUCUGUUCACAAGCUCGUCGCGCGAGUCCGGUUGAGGUCUAUCUUUUGUCUCGUAGGUUAUGUCGCGUUGAUAGCGCGUAUUAAAAUCGCGAUCGCGUUAAAAUCCAUAAAAUUACACGCGAAUCUGUUUCAAUCUACAACUCCGCGAGCGAGAAAUUAAACGGGUCGGUAAAAUCGCACGGCAUUCUGUCCUCCAUUAAAAAGGUCGGGUGAACACCCUCUCCGCUUAUUGCGUUGCUUUUUGCUAAUAUUGAAAUUCCUGAAAUUCUCGCCUUUGCUUUCUUCGCGGUGGACGUAACGUAAGAAGAAGAGAAAGAAAGAAGGAAAGGGAGAGAGAAAGAGGAGCCGCGUCCAAAUCGACGCCCGGAAAUAAAUAACACGUGGUGGAAAAGAAGAACUACGAAAUGUCGGCGUCUCCUAUUGCCAGACAGGCCACCCAGAGCCAGUGCAUACCAUCUAAGAGAGUCGUCAUUCAUCAUCCCAACCAGCUACCGGUCGACUACUCGUCCACCCCCGGAGGCACGCUCUACUCCACGACGCCGGGAGGUACUCGCAUCGUAUACGAACGUGCGUUUUUGAUGAAUUUGCGAAACUCUCCGAUAGCACGAACACCACCAAGCAAAUCGCUGAGGAUACCGUCUGAAUUACUGAGGGGGAAUACUCCGAUCAUCACGAAAGAUCCCGCAAAAAAUACUAAGAAAGAUUCUCUGAUCGAGGAAUCCGCGGAGCAAUUUGAAAUGGAUAUGUGAAUAAGUAAAUGCAACGUGCUGUUGUUUAUGACGAUUGAAAUGUGUUCGUAGCCAUGCUCAAGAAUAUUGUCAAUCAGUCCUAUGACAAUCGCACAGAGUUGAGAGCACAUGGCUAAUACGCUUUAAUCCUGUGCCUUUUACCAGUGGUCUUAAGAAUUGUGAAUCUUAUAAAAAGAUUUUCUCCUUGACGAAAGGCCAUAUC